AUGCGGUCACUACACAUACUAGCUUUUGGCUUCGGCUCUCUUUGCGCUGCUGCAGGCACAUUUUCAGUUCCAAAUGUUAAUGCCACCUUUAGCAACUCCCCCCGGCCAUUCAUCCUCCAAGUCGAUCCAAACUUUAUCGAAGACACCCGGCAGCGUGUUGCGCACGCAAGGGCCCCGGUAUUCCUGAACAUGACGGGCGACGGCCCAAGUGCUGAAAACUUCACCAGUGUUCGUGAUUUCUGGGUCAAUGAGUAUGACUGGAAUAAGACACAGGCAUCUAUCAACGACAAAUUCCAGCAGUUCACGACUGUUGUSGAGCCGAUAAUCAAUAACGUCACCUAUCAAGUGCCACUCCACUUUGUCCAUCACCGCUCAAACCGGUCGGAUGCUAUUCCGCUGCUGUUUAUUCAUGGAUGGCCAGGUUCAUUUCUUGAAGUUGGCCACAUCAUUGGCAACUUAACAAACCCGCCUAAUGCAUCCGUGCCAGCUUUCCACGUUGUAGCACCCUCAAUCCCAGGUUUCGGGUUUUCUCCGGCGCCGGAAAGUCCUGGAUUUGGUCCUGCUAACGCUGGGCGCGCUUUCAACGAGUUAAUGCAACAACUUGGAUACUCCAAAUAUGUGAUUCAAGGUGGAGAUUUUGGUGGUGUAACACUUCGCUAUCAAGCCCAUCUCUUUCCCCAGCAGGUGGUAUCAGCACUAAGUAACUUCUGGAUCAUCCAACCCGGGGACAAUGACAUGCAGGUGUUCGCGGAAGGAAAGGCAACAUCCGACGAGGUUGCUUACAUCAACAUCAUAGAGACUUAUAUCAAUCAAUGGUCCGGAUACCGCUUAAUUCAGUCGACGGAACCACUCACAAUCGCAUAUGGCAUGACGGACUCGCCUCUAGGCAAUGCCUUGUGGAUAUACUCUAUUAUGGCCAAGGUUAUUGAUCCGGCUCUAACAUCCUGGACACCCGAGGAAAUCAUCACUUGGUCAUUGAUGUAUUACAUUCAGGGUCCAUAUGGUGGCAUGCGCUUUUACAAAGAAGUUCAAAAUGAUGGAGGUUUUGCAACGCUCAACUUUGGUGUCCUGCCCCAGGUAGAGGUCCCAGUUGCUAUCAGCCAAUUCCCUUACGAUCUUACUUAUCGAAUGCCAUUGGAAUGGGCCCAGCGAGGGGGAAAUGUCCUGAAGAGGACUGUGCAUGACCAUGGCGGACAUUUUGCUGCCUAUGAGGUGCCUGACCUGCUCCUCAACGAUAUCUGGUCAUGGUUCGGUGAUAAGGAGCUUUCGGGAACAGAAGCGUUCAUACAUUGA